CCACGGUGUUUGAAGUCGAAGAAAUUAAUUGGUGCACAUUGCAUAUUUUUAGUUUAGUAAUUCAAGGAAAUAUGUUGUUUUAAAGAAAAUGAAGUAAAACUUAUGAGAUUACCGGCAGUGAAUUCAGGUUGCUUCGGAUGUCCUGAAAAAAUUGUAAGAACCACAGCUCGCGCAAUACUCUAGAAUGGAUCCAACAUGUUCUCAUUUUAAUUUUGACACAUAUGAAGAAGUUAAUAAUGUCUCCUUUGACACAGAAAAUAAGACUGACAGUGAAGCCGGUGUGGUUGAUAAUGAAGCUACAUCUCAAGAUAAUUCCAAGCAUAAGAUAGAUGAUAUAGAGCGGCAGGACUUCGAUGAGGAGAAUAGAAUAAUAAAUCAUUGUUCUAGCAUGAUAGUGGAUGCCAAAAUAGCGGGCGGUUCACAUUACUCCGGCAACCUGUCCAGUGCGAGCUCCAGCCUGGCAUCCAGCUCGGAGACCAUCUCCGCCUUCCCUAAUGUUAUAUCCAAUGACUAUAGUUUACCUGGUUGUAGCAAAACAGAAGAUUGUGAAGAUAGUAACGCAACAAUAAAAAGUAUGAUACAUUCUCGAAAACCUGCAAGCACAACAGAGGACCCACCGAGGAAAGAAGUGUACAAGCCUGACUUCAUGCAAAAGCUUCUUAGCAGUGGGGUCCAAGAAAAGAAGGACUUUCCAAAGGGAAAAUUGUAUAAAGCGGAGCAGAUGGGUGAGAGCUCUUGCGACAACCAUACUCCCGACGUGAGCGACCUGGAAGCGACGGGUGGGCCGUCCGGGCGCACGAGCUCCAACGCGUCCAGCAUCGGCAGCACCGGCUCCGACAGCAACAAGGAGUUCAGCGUGCCGUCCACCUCCAACGCCGACAAGCUGCUGGGCCUCGAUGACGCCAGGAAGGCCGAGCCAGGCAGCUCCAAGGCAUCUCCCUUCAUGCAGCCGUUUUGCGAUGGGGAUGAUGACUCAGAUGAUGACGUAAUUGAAGAAACGUGGUGUACUUGUUUAUCAUCUCAUGAGGAUGACGAAGAUGACGACGAACCAGAAAUUGAUGAGAGGCUUUGGAGGAAGAGGCGCUACGAGCCGCCCCCGCCCCAGUACGCGAAGAAGUUUUGCCCGGACGGCAGCACGGCGCCGGCGACCGACGGCGGCUGGCUGCAGGCGCUGCCUCCCUCCUCCAUGCCCGCCGCGCUUCAAGGACCACCUGAAAUCAAGAAUUGGCUCAACAGAUUCCAAUCAUGGUCCAACGCCGAGAAGAUCCAAGCGAUAGACGCGCUGAUCGGGCGCUGCGCCGCGAGCCACGUGCGGCACAUGAUGAAAGCCAUCGAGCCGCUGUUCCAGCGCGACUUCAUCUCGCUGCUGCCCAAGGAGCUGGCGCUGACCGUGCUGGGCUACCUGCAGCCCAAAGACCUGCGGCGCGCCGCGCAAACUUGCCGAUACUGGAGGUUCCUUGCCGACGACAAUCUACUAUGGAAAGAACAGUGCCGUCGCAUUGGCAUUACGACACUCAAGAAGAUGCCUCGUUCGCUACCGCGCUGCGUCAGUCCUUGGAAAGCGGCCUACAUGCGUCAAUACCUCAUCGAGAACAACUGGCUGCACAAACCGGUCAACAACCCCAUCAUGAUGAGAGGGCACGACGAUCACGUCAUCACAUGCUUGCAGUUCUACGGGAAUCGCAUUCUGAGCGGCAGCGACGACACUACGCUGAAAGUGUGGUCGGCUAUUACGGGCAAGUGUCUCCGCACGCUGGUGGGGCACUCGGGCGGCGUGUGGUCGUCGCAGAUGGUGGGUGACCUGGUGAUCAGCGGGUCCACGGAUCGCACGCUGCGCGUGUGGGACGCCAAGACCGGCCAGUGCCAGAAGGUGCUCGCGGGACACACCUCCACGGUGCGCUGCAUGCACCUCUACAACAACAGGGUGGUGUCCGGUUCCCGCGACGCGACGCUCCGCGUGUGGUCGAUCCCCGAGGGCCGCUGCCUGCGCGUGCUGGUGGGCCACCUGGCGGCCGUGCGCUGCGUGCAGUACGACGGCAAGGUCGUCGUGUCGGGCGCCUACGACUACUUCGUCAAGGUGUGGAACCCGGACACCGGCGAGUGCCUGCACACGCUCGCGGGACACACCAACCGCGUCUAUAGUCUACAGUUUGACGGCGUGCACGUGGUGAGCGGGUCGCUGGACACGUCGAUCCGCGUGUGGGACGUGGAGUCGGGCCAGCUGAAGCACACGCUCACCGGCCACCAGUCGCUCACCUCCGGCAUGGAGCUGCACUCCAACAUCCUCGUCUCCGGGAACGCGGACUCCACCGUCAAGGUGUGGGACAUCACCACCGGCCACUGCCUGCACACGCUGUCGGGUCCUAAUAAGCACCAGUCGGCGGUGACGUGCCUGCAGUCGAGCAACCGGUUCGUGAUCACGUCGUCGGACGACGGCACGGUGAAGCUGUGGGACGUGCGCACCGGCGAGUUCAUCCGCAACCUGGUGGAGCUGAGCUCGGGCGGGUCCGGCGGCGUGGUGUGGCGCAUCCGCGCCUCCGCCACCAAGCUCAUCUGCGCCGUCGGCUCGCGCAACGGCACCGAGGAGACCAAGCUGCUCGUCCUCGACUUUGACGUGCCCGGCGCCUGUCGCAAGUGUGACGAAUAGCAUCGACUCAACCGACGCUUGAUGCGUCGCUACGUCAACCUGUACGCGCCGUGGAACUUCUAACGCGUCGUCUGUCUCACCCUGUUUUGUCCGUGCAUGGGACGGCAAAAGCGACUCGUUAUGCGGGUAGUUAUGUAAGCUUAAUUUUUUUACCGUCGGCAAACUCGCCUUAAACAACCGUCAUUCCUAUAAUAAUAAACGCGAGACACUCGUACACGCAAGGACCACGUCCCGAAUUAUGAUCUAUCUAUAAUAUAAGAAAUGAAUGACACAAUAUACGUACAAGUUGCAUUUAUUCCUCGAGUAAUUAUAGAUUUGUUUAAUGUUAUAUAAUUUCCUCCACUUGCAAUUAUGUUAGUUUAAAAUCAAUCAUAAAUCAAAUCAUUUUAAAUAAUUUGCAUUGAUAAAAAUAUUUAUAUUCUUAAUAUUUGUUAUCGGCACAGAGAGACAUAUGUUUAUGUCAGUUGUUCGAUUUAGGUUUUUAAGAUUGAACGUUUUGGCCGAUCCAUGCAUGUGUACAAGCAGCAGUUAGAAGUGACAGCUGAGCAAUGAGCAGAGCUGUGGUUGACGAGUUCUUGUCGCAGCGUAGACGAUGAGCCGCAGCAGCUGCCCACCGGCCGGAGGACGGCUCCCUGUGCGAGUGUCAGUAGUCUAGCGCGGACGGUGUCUCUCCGCAGAACUCAAAAUAUCCAUGUACUCAACUGGUAAACUAAUUGAACAUUAUUACCUUAUGUAACAAGUAUAGUCCUUAAUAUUAAUAAUUAAAAUUGUUCACUCGAUCAACAUGAUGGCUUAGUGCCACCAUUAUUGCCAAAUUUCAAAUGUAUGCUUCAUUAUCCCAAAGAAUUACAAAAACAUUGGGUAGGUAUUAAGUUAAUUACUACACAUUAAUUAAAAAUAAUAGACGACGGUUCUAUUACAAAAAUUGCUCUAUAGUGCCGCCUCGUUUGAAAAUUUUCGGUUUUAGUAAGCAUUAAACUGUUACAGAAUAAUUAUUUGUUAGUUCACCAUUUUGCGCGGUGUAAGUAAUUUAUUUCAAUGUCAAUCUUACUAUGCUUUGUGGAUUUAUGCAGUCUCCAUGCCCCUACACUGUUCGGAAGUGUCAGGGUGAAUAUUUUAUUUUGUGUUUUAUUUUUUGACUAAAAUGUUUUAAAAUACGUGUUUUUGUUUUUUGAAGUAUGUAACUAGUUAACUACCACUGCAACCACAUUAUUUCCCAUUACGUUUUUUUUAAUCAGUGCCACCAUGCAAGUUAAAUUUCUUAUCAACUAUAUAAUUGAAUAGCACAAUAAUGUAAAAACUAUUAGUAACCGAUUUGUAAGUGAAUCCACACAUAUAAAUUAACAGCUACUACGAUCAAAGCACUCGCCUGGCGGGUUGCUGACAGUUAACGUGUUUAUAACUUACUUCUAGUCCAUAUUUGAUAUUUCACAAAGCUCAUUAAAAAGGGUCUCGUAAGGCCAGAAAUCAACCAUGAAAAUUAUUCGUUUUAUUUGAGUGGCAUUUGAGUGGUUAUCUAAUUAGUUAAGUCAGAAAAAAUCAUUUGUUCAUAACAUAAGUUUAGCAGGUUCAUGGAGAAAUGUUUACAUUAAAUUAUCAACGAAUGAUGUUGAUAUACAUCGGCACAAAUGUGGUUGUAGUUACAAGAAAUCUUAUUGGCCAGCUAAUAGUAUACGGCACUCCAGUUAUUGUACAAUUUUGUUCCUGUUCAUUUUUAUUUAUCUUUAUAUUCAAUUAAUUCAUUGGUAAUCGUCCCAUAAGUGUACUUUCAUAUCUACGAUGUAAUAAUUUACUUGUCUUUUAACAGUGACCCCUAAAUGUCAAAUUGUCCAAUGUUGAUGUUUUAUUGCGAAUUUCUUUUAAAUGUCUCAUGUGUUCAAUGUUUUUUUUUUAUUUUAAUUGACUCUGAUAAUUCGUAUAAAUUUUAGUUUGUAGAUAUAAUACGUUAAUAAUGCGAUGUGUUAAAUAUUAUUAUUUCCCCUUUAAUUAAUGGCCAGCAAUUUUAAUUAUUUAAAAUCCUAAACAUAGUCUGGUAAGAUAAUAAUGUAUGUCUAAUUGUAAACUUGUUAAACAAUUCCGACUCAUAAUAAUAAUACCGAAUUAAGCUGUAAACAAUGUUGAAUAGUAAGGGUGUCGCCGCACCGUGCCGCGGUCCCCGAGCAUGCCGGCGCGCGGCGGCGGCGCCCGCGCGGCGCAUGCCAGCGGCGCGCACGAUCCGCUCAGCCGUGUAUUGUUGUGUAUAUAAUUAUAAUCUUAAAGUAAUGUGAUCAUUGGAGGGCGAAGUCAACGCCUCUAUUCUAUGAUGGCUGAUUUAAUUAAUAAUUAAACAAAGACUGAAGCAUAGGUAUAGCGUAAUAUUUAAAGUAUUAAUGUAGUUACUCCUAUGUACUACCGAUCAUCACACUGGGUAUACCUUUGUUGACUCUCGUCAUCAUUUUGUUCAAACGUGUUUCGGUUUAGUUUUGAAUAAAAAUGUAUGUAUAUUAUUAUGUUAUAUUAUGUUGUUAAGCUUUCUCGGAGCCCUGACUCCACUUUGGUAAUUAUUGAAAAUUUCACUUAGUUACGUCUUAGAUUUAGUUUCUAUUGCAUUAUUUCUCUGCCCUGGUACUGCGCAAUAGCUUAUGUAAAAUGAAUAAGAGUGAUACGUAUCUACGAAAAAGCGCGUGUGUAUGUCGCUGCGGUAGAUCUGCAUGUAGUUUUACAUAAGUAACCACGAAUUCGCGCGGCGAUCGCCGGCAUUAUCUGCCUACACUCAUGUGUCUUACCUUUUUGCCAAAUUAAUGUAACGACAAUAGAACUGAGCCUUCUUCGCCAGAUUUCACUCGGUCUUCGGGUUCCAUGUGAAUACCAUUUUAAUACCAAUUUCCAUAUAUUAUUUGGUCUGUAUUAAAUUUUCUGGUUACGAUGAAAACGAUUGUGUACUACUAAUAUUUAGCUCCUUACAACGGCGACACAUCUCGGACACUGGCGAUCAAAUAUAUGAAAGAGGCUCGUUCCUAGCACACAGUCUAAGCUCGUGUAGGUGAACGCGUACUAUGCUUGUAUGAGUGACAUAUGACAGGUCGACUGUUCGCGUUUUUGACAGGCGGUAACUGUCAGGUAACCGAGAGGGGGUGGGCGGCGAUUUCAGCGGGGAGCAGGAGUGGCCAUACUGUACGAUAGUACUCUUUAUUAUACUGUGACGGCGAUUAGCAUGGCCUUGUUAUUAUGUUUCUUUUGUCUUCACUAUUUUGCUUUUACUGUACGAUUAUGAAAUAAAUCUAAUUGUUUUCAACA